CGACGCAUCCACCGGCGAGGCUCCAUUCUCACCGGCGGCCGCGCUACGGCGCAGAAGAAAGGGCAGCGUGUUGAUGACUCGGAGGUUGUCGCUCGUGUUCCCUUCCAGGCCGUCUUCCUCGCUGACAGCUUCAACCUCAGGUUCCGCCCCAUCACCCUCGAGCGCCCCAAGGUGCUGUUGCCUCUGGUGAACGUUCCCAUGAUCGAAUACACUCUUUCUUGGCUCGAUUCCGUCGGGGUCGAGGAGGUUUUUGUCUUCUUCUGCUCCCACUCACAGCAGGUGAAGGACUACUUGAAAGAGUCUGAAUGGACGAAGCCUACAUCCAGGUUUUCUGUCACUAAGUCGCAUGACGCCAUUAGUGCUGGAGAUGCGCUCCGUGUGAUAUAUGAAAAAUCUGUGAUACAUGGGGACUUUGUUCUCAUAAGUGGCGAUACAAUUAGCAAUCUGAACUUAGCUCAGGUCCUCCGCGAACACAAGGAAAGAAAGAAAAAAGAUCCGCUUGCUGUUAUGACAAUGAUCAUUAAACACUCCAAACCAUCAAACUUGACACAUCAAACUCGGUUUGGCACUGAUGAAGUUCUAAUGGCUAUUGAUCCUCGAACAAAAGAGCUUAUUUUUUUUAUGAGGACAAGGUUAAUCCUUCUCAGCGGGUUGUUUUUCUAUUGAUAAAACGUUGUUAGCCAACAAUACUUCAGUUUAUUUGCACAAUGAUAAGCAGUGGCUAAAGGAAGCUUCGGAGGAAGAAGAUGAGGAUGACAAAUGAGUUAUCGACAUCCUUGUACGGAAGAAUCUUUAGAAUGUGCCUUGGUCUUAUUCCGACCCUGAUUCUCAUCGACGAAGGCAUAGUAUUUUACUAGGAAUCCUUGCAGCCCUCAGUUUUGAAAUCGAGGGAGUAGGAAAGUGAAUGUACAUCCGAAUUUGAUUUUCGUUGUUUUAUUUUUGGAUACUCAUGUCAUUUGGGGAAGGCAAUAAGAGAGUUGAGGAUCAUUAUGUUAUCUUUAUUUUAUUUUUUGCUUGUACAUAUUAUUUUUGGCAGCGAAGGAGUUUGCCAUGUGAAUAAAAGAUC